AUAGUUUAGUCUCCGUUCGCCGUUUUACACGUAUUAUGUUAGAUUUAUUAUUGGUAUCUCAAUACAACCGAAUCCCAAGCGUAUUACGUGUAUGUAAAAAUACUAAAAAUAUAAUACAAUAUAUUGUAGUACAAAAUAAUAGAGACCUUUGUUAUAAAUGUCUGAUGUAACAAAGACAACGAUUCCGGUGCUGUUGCAAGUUACCGUCGCUGAAGAAGAGCUGCAGCCCCUGCACGUGGAAUCUGCAGACAGUGUUCGCGACGGAGUUUCUGAGUCGGAGGAUGAUAAUCUGACUGAGGUCGUGAUUUCUGACAGUAACCCUGAUCAUUACAGUAUUGUGUCUAAUAAAUUCACUCACGAAUAUCCUCUAUCCGCACCGACGAAUAAUUCUAUACCGGGUACAGCAACUAACAAAAAUAUGGCCAACUAUGCAGAUAUUGUAGAGAAAGCUAAAUCAGCUUUCAGCAGUAAUCAAACAAAAUCAUUACAUCUCAGAAAACAUCACCUUAGGCAACUUCUCAAGCUUUUAAAUGAAAAUUCUUCUGACUUACAAAUAGCCCUAGCUUCUGAUUUAAGAAAGAGCAAGCAAGAAGCAGUAUUGUUUGAAAUUGAAUAUUUAAAAAAUGAUAUCAUCAACGCUCUAGGCUCACUAGAAUCCUGGAUGAAAACUGAAAGGCCUGAUAAACCAUUGAUUAAUAUAAUGGAUGAUGUAUUAAUACACAAAGAUCCAUACGGAGUUGUAUUGGUAAUGGGAGCUUGGAAUUACCCAUUACAACUAACUUUGUUACCCGUAGUUGGUGCAAUAGCUGCUGGGAAUAGUGUCGUUAUAAAGCCUUCUGAAAUAGCUCCAGCUACUGCAAAACUCAUUGCUGAACUAAUACCAAAAUAUCUCAACAGAGAUGCUUUUCCAGUUAUUUUAGGAGGUGUAGAAGAAACAACUCUAUUACUUAAACAAAGAUUUGAUUAUAUUUUCUAUACAGGAUCAACAUCUGUAGGCAAAAUAGUUAGAGCUGCUGCAAAUGAAUACUUGACACCUGUUACGUUGGAAUUAGGUGGUAAAAGCCCUUUAUAUAUAGAUGGUACUGUUAAUAUGGAUAUUGCUGUUAAGCGUAUAAUUUGGGGAAAAUGCAUUAAUGCUGGACAAACAUGUAUUGCACCAGACUAUGUUUUGUGUACACGUCAAGUUCAAAAUACAUUUGUAGAGAAAGCUAAACAACUGUUAAAAGCCUGGUAUACUGAUGAUCCAAAAAAUUCUCCAGAUUUUUGUAGAAUAGUUUCUGAAAAACAUUUUGUGAGAUUAUUAGACUUGAUGACUAAUAGCGGCUCAAUUGCAGUUGGUGGUAGACACGAUAAAAAAGAUCUCUAUAUUGAACCAACAAUAUUGACUGAUGUAAAACCUACAGAUCCCAUAAUGAAAGAAGAAAUUUUUGGUCCAAUUUUACCAGUUGUAAUCGUGGAUAAUGCUUAUGAUGCUAUAAAUUAUAUUAACAGCAGAAAUCACAGCCCAUUGGCUUUAUACAUAUUUACCAAAAAUAAAGCGGUCAUUAACAACAUGUUGGAAAACGUGAAAGCUGGAGGAGUUUGUGUCAAUGAUACUGUAGUACAUGUGACUGUUGAAAAUCUACCAUUUGGAGGAGUUGGUCUUAGUGGAAUGGGAGCUUACCAUGGAAAACAUACAUUUGAUACAUUCACGCAUCGUAAAAGCUGUUUGGUCAAAGAUUUCAACAUCAUAGGAGAAUCCUUUUCUUCAGCAAAAUAUCCACCAUACUCUGACAAGAAACUGAGCAUGGUAUCUUUUUUGAUGAAGAAGAAACCAAGCAUUAAUUUCAAAUUUUUGCCAUAUUUGUUUGUAUUUGGUCUUGGGGUUUGUGCAACUUUUGCAUUCAAAUAUUUAAACAAGAUUGCUGAUGAAGAAUAAGAAUUAAAUUAAAAUAGGUAAAUUAUAAAUUAUUUGAUUUUUUUUUCACAUCAAAAGAAAUCAAAAUGUUGAAUUUUUAAGUUUUAGCUGCCAUUGAAACAUUUUAAAAUCAAAAUUUACCUCUUCAUGGAAAUGUUAAUUAAAAUGUAUAUCAAAUUAUAAGUCUUAAAAUUAACUGAAUAAGCAAAUAAAACAUAUAAUGUUUUUUAUAUUACACGUUAAGUACACGUUAUUAACUGUCAGUAAUUUAAGAAAAAAUAAUUUUAAGUAACUAGUAACCACUAAGUAGAUAAACUAAUAUUAUUCUGUAUAUAUUUUUAAUUGAAGGUGGAGUAUUAAAAUAAGAAUUUGGUUUAUAUAUUUAUAAAAUUGUUUUUAAUGUUAAGUUUAUGUUUUUUUUUAUUGAAUUCUUGAAAUUGUUAUUUACAUCUACUCAAACAUCUAAUUUUAGUAUAUUUAGUUUACAUUAAACAAACAAAAUACAGAAUCAAAACUUUUAUAGAAAAAAAAUAGUUAUUAAAAUCCACCUUUAAUCUUUAUACACAAGUGUAUGUACAAUUCAAAUUAAGGUUGGAAGUAUUUUUAAAUAAAAAUUAUUUUAAUAUUUAUGUAUCAUUAUUUUUUUACAUAAUACUUUUUAAAUCAAAAUAAUAAAUAUAAUCCAAACCAUAAU